AUGUAUCAGCAACACCAUCACUGGGCAAAUUCCACAUGUUAUUGCGUUGAUGGUGAGCUCAAAGCUGGUGAUGCGAUCCUUUCCUCUCGGCCAGACGCCUUGCUUGCCGAUGGAGGAGCAUUCCUGCCUUCUCCAUUGCUGCCGACGCCGUCGAGCUACAUGCCUCAUCACUAUUCGCAGCAGGCCCCUGCCAUUGUUCCUCCACCCAUGGACAGCCGGCUGCACGCCAUCACCCACUUGUCCCAGGCGUCGUCGUCAGACAUGGCUGCAGCAACGUCCUCGUCGACGUUUCGCCGGGCGUUGAGCACGGGAGACCUCAUCGUCCGGGACCGGGAGGAGGAGCAAAGGGUGCCGGUGGCGGCAAGGAAGACGCUCGCAGACAGUCGUCCCCGGGUGAAGGGCCGCUUCGCGCGCAACGGCGGCGACUACACAGAGACGGAGGCGGAUGCAGUUGCAGACCACCAUGUUCAUGUCCCAGCAGCAGCACAUCAGUCAGAGUCAGAGUCAGACUCGCCGGCGGCAACAGCAGCAGCGCCGGAGUGGUGGCCGGCAGUGCAGGAGGAGGGCAUCAACCUAGCAGAGCUCUGUGCCGACGACGACGAGAUGAUGGCCGCCUACCUUGGAGUCUCCUCCAUCAGUAUAGCUGAUCAUCACUACAGCUGCCACCCAUAG